AUGCCAACUUCAGUCAACGAGAGAAAAGUAGUCAAAUAUUAUCAACUGAAGUAUAAAGAUGAUGAAUUUGUGCUUGGUACAAUAAACGAGUUCGAAGAAAAUACUGAAAAAGCUAUUUGGGAAACACAUGAUUGUUUUCUGUUUCGUCUCCUAAACAGAGCUUUACAAUCAGGCGACAUCGAAUUAACGUUGUUAUUGAGCUUUUUCAUGAAUAAUCUCAUGGAUAAGAUUAACACGACAGAUUUUGCAUGUGUUGGGGAACUAAUUGUAACAGUAUAUCGAGGAGAAAAUUUGGCGUCUAAUGAAUUAUCGCUCUUCAAACAAAGAAUUGGCUGUCUUGUGUCGAAUAAUACAUUUCUGUGGACUGUUUUUGAUCGUCACAUGGCGCUCAUAAGUAGUAGAGCGCAGGAGGAAACGUUGAAAUCAGAAACAGUCGUAUUUGAAAUUGAUAUUACACUCAAACACAAUCGACAAGGUUUUGCCGCAUUUCUCAGUGAAUACGGAUCUUAUGGAGACGCCAAAGACCUUUUAAUUGCUCCCGGUACUGUAUUCCGUAUAGAUAAUAUAAAACAGAUGGAUGAUGUUUGGUACUUGAAAAUGACUCUAUACGAUGAUGAUAGCAAACUUGAUCAGUUGAAUGAUUAUUUUGAUGUUAUAUUCUUGCAACUGUGUGAAAUUCUCCGCCGUAUUCCACUGGGAGAGAAUCGGUACAGCAAGAGAAUUUUGGACAAAUGUCGAUUCUACUAUGUUAACAGUCCGAAAGAAUUAUAA